CGGGUUGUAGUCGGGUAGCCGAUGGUCGGGGCUUUGGCAUAAACUUUUUUGUGGUUCCACUUUUUCCGUGUUUAACCAACUUGCAUUUCACUCCCGUUUGGUUUAUCUGCAAUUUGCACCAGCCGCUGGUUCUUCGGGAACGCCGUUUGGAACACCAUCCGACGCACCUAACCUUAGAAAACGAAGAAGGCGAAAAACAAAACACAACCCAGCUCGCGGAAAACUCGUGGAAAACACAGCAUGACGACGGUAAUCCGCCUGAAGCGACGGGUCGAUGAAGAUCCGCUGAAUGCGUUCGUGUUAAACUGCAAGCGCCAGCGUGUGGAAGCCGGAGAACCCACGGACGAUCCGAACGCGAAUGCCGCCGAAUCAUCCACAAUUCUCAAGUUCGCUGGCACAUUUUCUCAGGCCGAAGGCAUCGCAUCACAUCUACAAAACAUCCACAAAGACCAAGCGAAGGAUGCCAUUUCACGGGUGCACCGUCCCAACAUCAAACCCCGGAACCGGGCCGCAGCCAAACAGAUCGCACAAAACGAUCGAUUCCGGAUCGUUAACUGCACACGAUCCAUCACAAACGAGACCGAAUCAACGGUUGAUGGUAUACCGACCACGAUUGUUGAUGUCGAGCGGGACGAUGUGCGACUGCCGGAGGAAGAAGCGGCCGCCACCGUCGUAUCCUCUUCGCCGGCAGCUGUCACGGAGCCGCACAACGCACAGCAGCAGUCCCAUCAGCAGUUGGUGGAGACUUUUACGUACGAAAACGGGGUACGCUAUGUGUACGACCUGUACGUGGCCGAUACGAGCCAGCAUCAGCAGCAGAACAUUGCCCACAGUCCCUACUACACCGACAAUCUGGACGAUCUCAGCGUAAUGGUGUGCGAUGAUCCACUGUAUUCGCUGCACCGAGGUGAUCUAGAUUCCGACGAUUCCAGCGAUAGCGAUUCCGAAGACUCGAACGCUGAGGACAAUUGGCGCAACGAGUACCCGGACGAGGAGGACGAUGUUCGCAGCAUCGGUGAGGAAGAUAUGCGCCGUGCGGUGGAGGAAAUUGAUUUGGAUGGUGACCGUAGUCUAUCGUCGGACGAUGGAGAGGAUGCAUUCGUCUAUCCGCCCACCGAUGGCGUACUCUAUACGGACGAAGAGGAGGACUCGCUGAGCGACAUCGGGGACGUAAACCGAGACGACGUGAAACGGUACGGGACGGCCUACGCCCGCUACAAGGCGCGCAUACUACGGGAACUUGAAGGACGCGAUGAUGAAAGCAGCAGCUCCAGCUCGGAAGAGAACUUUGAUUUGUAUGAUUAAUCGUAAAUGAGAGUCUCAUGGUUUGCUCAUCGAAGUGUUUCAAAUAAAUAAAAG